AUGACUAUUCCGGAACCUACAUCUUCCUCUCAACAACCUACUGGUAGCACCCCUGCUAUCAAUAUCUAUAGUGCACAAGGCCUUAAGGUUAAGGCAAAAGAAUAUAUUGAAAUUUUAGACGUAAAGCUGAAUGAAAGUUACUACGCCAAAGAAUUUGAAAGUAAAACUGGUGUUCCAAAGACGUAUGCUGUUCUUGGCGCUGGCACUGUCAUUUUCCUCAUGAUAUUCUUUAACUUUGCUGGUCAACUUUUGACCAACGCUAUCUCAUGGCUCUAUCCUGCCUAUGCUUCUUUCAAGGCCAUUGAAACUGAAGGAACAACUGAUGAUAAACAAUGGUUGACCUAUUGGACUGUUAUUGGAUGUAUUCAAAUGGUUGAAUACUUCUCUGAUCUUCUUUUGUUCUGGUUUCCCUUCUAUUAUUUGUUCAAAACUCUGAUUGUCCUUUAUCUGGCUUUGCCUCAAACAAGAGGUGCCGAAACCUUCUACAACCGUAUUUUACGCCCUUACUUGUUAUCUGCUCAAAGUGAUAUCGACAACCAAGCUGAAAGAAUUAAACAAAAGAUUACCGACCUUACUUCUGAUGUCAACAAAACAGAUUGA